ACCCUCCCGGCUGUCUGGGCGCCGGCAUUCACCCCGAGGAGGAACUCUGUGACCAUAGAGCUGGCGGAAUGCCGGGGUAGAGGGGACCGGAAGUUGUUCCUUCGUCCCCGCCCCGCGGCCGGGUCGGGUCUCCGCGGGCCGGGUUGGAUGCCUGCCGCUGUCAGUCUCUCUUGUUGGGCCCGAGGGCUCAGUGGCCCGGGGGUGGGCCGCCCCGGUACCGGGUUCCCGCCGGUACCAGCCGUCCGGAAGCCGAGUGAGUUCCUGUGUCUCCUAGCAACGAGGGACGGGCUGCGGACUGAGGGAGCGGCCCGGUCCAGCUCGCUCGGGCGCCAGCCGGAACCCCGAGCCGGCCCAACGGGAGCCGGAACCGGAGCUCGGAAGAAUAAGCAGGCGAUGGCGGAUGAGGCGUUGUUUUUGCUUCUGCAUAGCGAGAUGGUGUCUGGAGUGUACAAGUCUGCGGAGCAGGGGGAGGUGGAAAAUGGACGCUGUAUUACUAAGCUGGAAAACAUGGGGUUUCGAGUGGGACAAGGAUUGCUAGAAAGGUUUACAAAAGAUACUGCAAGGUUCAAAGAUGAGUUAGAUAUCAUGAAGUUCAUUUGUAAAGAUUUUUGGACUACGGUAUUCAAGAAACAAAUCGACAAUCUAAGGACAAAUCAUCAGGGCAUCUAUGUACUUCAGGACAACAAAUUUCGUCUGCUUACUCAGAUGUCUGCAGGAAAACAGUAUUUAGAACAUGCAUCUAAGUAUUUAGCAUUUACAUGUGGCUUAAUUAGAGGUGGCUUAUCAAACUUGGGGAUAAAGAGCAUUGUAACAGCUGAAGUGUCUUCAAUGCCUGCCUGUAAAUUUCAGGUGAUGAUACAGAAGCUGUAGAACAUACUGAAGUGCAAGACUUCAACAGUGUAAAGAGAUAAAUUGUUCAUGUAUAAAGUAUUUCAAGUAGCAGUGAUUUAAUUACAUUGUUGGACAUUUGUAUUGAUAUAAACUAUUUGCUGUCUGUAUAAUGGAAGAUACACUGUUAAGCAGGAGUAAGGUUGUAGUUUAUCAGUUUAACACGGAUCAAGUUAAAGCAGAUAAUGAGACAUUCUAUCAUAACAUACACUUUGCUGAAACUCUUCAGAAUGAAGCCUGAUUUCAAAUAACUAGACACCAAGAUGUAGGACUCUUAUUUUCAACAUUCUGAUUUGCUUAGAAUGAUGUGGAUUUAACCACACAUGGAGAAGCAAAACUCAGGGUUUGAUAAAUUAGCGUAAAAAAAAGUAUGCACAGAAUCAUUUUUGUAAGAAUGAACAAAUUUUGGUUUUGUUUUAGUUAUUUAAGAAAGCAAACAGUACACUAAAUUAAACUUAGUUUUUAUUUUAUUGCGUAUAAUUUAUUUCUAUUAAAAAUUUUUAUGGCUGUACAAGGAUUUCAUUAUGCACAUUGUGUGUGUGUGUGUGAUAUAUAUAU